UCUGGGACGGGCAAGGCUGGCUGCGACUCAAGUGCCUCGUAGCACGGAAGCGUGUGCACGCCCGUCUCUCCGUACUUCCAGCCGGCGGUUCUGCGCAGCCUCCCGGAGCUCCCUCGUCAUACGCCCCUCCCGCUCCCUCACCACCCUUACUUCCGUCUGAUUUUCAGUUGCCGCGGCGUCUUAGGGUCUGUUCGCUAGACUCUCUUCCCUAACGUCUGUGCCUGCAGCGCUUCUAGAGAGUAACAGCAAAAGAAAAGCCUCAAAGGCAGCUGUUGCAACAUCAACGUCUAUUCGCAAUUGUUUUUCUGGCUACUAAGCAGAAAGGCUCUUCUGAACCCAGGAACAACAGUAACCCCUGGCCCUCCUUUCCUCUCAGCGCCUCAACUUCUACCCAGCAACAAGCCCCGACCCCAGCUUUCGUCUCUCUUAUUGGCUAACUUGAAUCCUCAUCUGCCGUUCUGAUUGGUCAUCUAUAAUCAUCCGAAGUUUUCCAAUUGGCGAAGCCGCUGAAGGAUCUUUUUUUUUCCGGGUUGGUCCACUGGGGAAGCGGAGUCGCUUCUGCGGGAUUAUUUUUCCGGAGCCGCUUCUGAUUGGGCGGUGUGGUACUAUGCGCGCGACCCUUUAGAUACCAAGCUGUCGGGAGGUCUGACCCUUUCCUCGCCGUGUUCCCGCCGAUCAUGGAGGAGCGCCUGCAGGUGGCUCAGCUGUACAAGGAAGAAGGGAACCAGCGCUACCGGGAAGGGAAGUACCGAGAUGCUGUGAGCAGGUACCAUCGAGCUCUGCUUCAGCUGCGGGGUCUGGAUCCAAGUCUGCCAUCCCCGAUACCUAAUUUAGGACCUCAGGGCCCGACUCUCACACCUGAGCAAGAAAACAUACUGCACGCCACCCAGACAGACUGCUACAACAAUCUAGCUGCCUGUCUCCUUCAGAUGGAGCCAGUGAACUAUGAACGAGUGAGAGAAUACAGUCAGAAAGUCCUGGAACGACAACCUGAUAAUGCCAAGGCCUUGUAUCGGGCUGGAGUAGCCUUUUUCCACCUGCAGGACUAUGACCAGGCUCAGAACUACCUCCUGGCUGCUGUCAAUAGGCAGCCUAAAGAUGCCAGUGUCCGGCGGUACCUACAGCUUACACAGUCGGAACUCAGCAGCUACCAUAGGAAAGAGAAGCAGCUCUACCUGGGCAUGUUUGGUUAACAAAGAAGAAAGAUGCUCCUCCACUUGAACUUAGGAGAACCUUUAAAGACCCAUGAAGGGGAAAUCUGAGCCUCAUCAAGAGAAAUUAACUCUAUACCUCUGACCCAGGUGGAUUUCUGUUUUGUUUCCAGUUCUACACAAACUACUAGUCACACAGUCUGUGUUUUUUGUUUUGUUUUGUUUUGUCUAUCCAUCUAUAUAUUUGUGUUGCUUUCAGUACAUGUUAUUGUUGGAGACACUUUGCCUUGAGAAAUACAAUCAGAAAACAUCA